AUAAAAACCCUAAGAGAGAGAGAGAAUCCUUCUUCUGCUCUAGAAAUUUACUGCCUACUCUUUGAAGCCUAAAAAAGGGAAACCCCAAACUCCCCGCCUUCCGAAACUCCGAACUGCAUCAAGCCAGCUUGUUGGGUGUUGCAUCUUUUACCAGAUUUGGUUCCCCCACUUUUCAACAUCAUCCAUUACUUCCACUGUUCAUCCUCUCAAUAAUUUCACGGCCAACUGUUUUCACUGCUUUCUUUCUUGUAAGGGAGAAAAUAAUCGAGGAAAGCAACCGUUUUAACCCUUCAGCAGUCUCGCUCUCGCCCUCUAUUCCUCCCCAACCAAGCUUCCUCUCCUCUGCGUUCUCGCUCUAUAUAGACAAUUAUUUCUUUAAUGAGUGGGAACUGGAAAGACAUGUAAAAAGGAGAAAAGGAAAAAUCCACUCAGGAUUUCUGGGUUUGUUUGAAGUUUCAACUAUUCUUUGUCAGAGGAAUGAAUGGUCGUAAACCCCACUUCUGUCUGGUGCUUCUGUUUGCUACAGUUACUGUAUGCUAAGAACGCCCUCCUUUUAUUGUUAUCUUAUUUCUUUUCUUAUAUAUGGGCUUUCUUCAGGAAUGGCUGCACUUGGUGUAUGAGUUUGUGUGAAAACAGAAAAAGAAAAAAAAAAAGCAAAACGAAAGAGAGGAGUAGAGUACCCUCUUUAAUUCUUGUUUUGAGGUGCCUCCAUACUUGAAGCCUGUCCAGCACUGGGAAUUGGGUUGUGAAAGGAAAAGGAUCCCCAUUGUAUCUUAGCGUUGAUUUUGAAGGUGGGUUUUCCCUUUUCUGUGAAACAAGAGUUUGGGUGUUCCAGAAAGUUGGUUUCUUUUUUUGAUCCUUUGUGGUUUCAUGGAUGUCAAAUUCUUCCUUCUCCUUUGAUUCUGGGCUUGCUGGGAGGAGGGUCUCAGGGACAAUGGAGAAGGAAGGGGUUGUCAUGAACUGGGACGUCAAGCCCCCAUCCUGGGAUGUCGAAAACUUGGUGUUCCUCUCAAGCGCUGGUGAUGGUGAGAGUGUGAGGAGCCAGAUCUCUACUAUGGAAGGGAAGCAGCAGGGCAAGAGAAACUGCAUGGUUGACUUGAAGCUUGGGAGGUUGGGUGAUUUUGGUGAUGGGUUUGGCGAUCUCAAGACGCCUGUAGCAGCUGCUUCAAUGGCCGUCUCCCCUGCUGCCUCAAGAAGGAGCAGGUCAUCAAACAACAGCAACCAGGUAGCUGCCUGUAUGGUCGAUGACUGCAGUGCAGAUCUCAGCGGGUGCAAGGAUUACCACAAACGGCAUAAAGUCUGUGAAGCUCAUUCUAAGGCCGUUAAGGUUACCGUCGAAGGUGUUGAGAAGAGAUUCUGCCAGCAGUGUAGCAAGCAGCAGAAGAGAAAUAGGGGAGAAAAGGAAAAACUGUGGAGAAGAUUUCAUGCAUUAUCAGAGUUUGACGAGGUAAAACGAAGCUGUAGGAAGCGUCUGGAUGGGCAUAAUAAGCGCCGCAGAAAGUCUCAGCCGGAUAUAACAUCUGGGAAUCCUGUUGCAAGUAUCCAAGCAGGUACAGGGUUCCAGUCAUUUAUGAAUCAACACAACUUUCGGAACACCAUCCGGGAGCAUAGCUGGACCAUGGGGUUUGUAAAAUCUGAGGAAGACAAUCUGUACAACCACCAGCCACAAAUGCUGUCCAUGAACAGGCAACAGUCGUUCCUUGGCCAAUCCUCUAGUUACUAUAAAGGAAGUAAACAGUUUCCUUUCUUGCAGAGUGGUGACAUAAAAAUUGGGAAUAAACCUAUUGAAACGUCUGUUUGUGAACCACUUGUUACCACAACAGCCGCACCAGGAAGCAGCAGCAGAAUUUUUUCAGAUAGUUUGAUCAGAGUGAUAGACUCUGAUUGUGCUCUCUCUCUUCUGUCAUCAUCGACACAGUCAUCUGGAUUAAGUCUGAACAACAUUGACCACCAAAUUCCCAUGGCUCUUCCUCUUGUCCAGGGUUUGCAAUUCAAUGGUAUUGAUCGUUUUCCCUCAGACAAGGUUUUAACAAUCAGCUGCUGCUCCUCUGAUGCAGUAUCACACAGUGGUUUCACUUGUGCUGGAAUGGUAGAUGAUCAGGUAGGACCCCUUCUAGUUUCUGAUGCUGGUCAUUCUGAAUUCCAUUCCCAGGGAAUGCUGCAGCAUGCUAAUGAUGUUGCAAGUUCGGGAAAUGCGGUUGCCCAGCACCUCCACUUUUCUUGGCAGUAGGCUGACAUGCAAGCAUGGCAAAUGCCUUCCAUCUGAACCUUUCUUAUUCUUGCUGGAUUUUGUAAUGUUUCUGAUUUUGUUAUCAUCAAAUUCUUUAUUCUGCUGAUGCCUUCUGUUUUUUUGAAACCUUUGGUUUGUCUAUGGAUAAUGAUUUUCUUCUUA